GCGGUAAUGCUCCAAAAAGAUGGAUGCCAACCGCCAUUCAAACUUCCUUGGCUGCUGGGCAACAACAAAGAUGGCGCUUAGCCUGGCCGAGCUGGAGGCUCCGCUGGCCGCUGACCCGGCCGGGGACAGGGACCGGGACCGGGACGGAGGGCUGCGGCGCUGCAGAGGGAGACCCAGGCUCACAGACUCGGACCGGGCCCAGAGGCGACUGGAGUCCCGGAAGAAGUACGACGUGAGGCGCGUGUACCUUGGAGAGGCGCACAAGCUGUGGAGCGAGGUCCGCCGGAGGACCGGUCUCAGUGAUGCCGGACUGGCAGAGUACCUGAUCCUGCUCAACUCCACCUACGGAGAGAGGUACCAGCAGGAGUUCUGCGGGAAGAAGGGGGCUCCACAAGUCUCAGGAAAACACAAGAAAGGCAGGACCGGGUGUGUGUCGAGCCUCCAGAGUCUGGUGCGUUGGUACCAGGACCACGCGUCUUCCUGCCCCCUCGAGCCCCAGCUCCGAGCGCUGGAGCCCCAGCACAACUUCUCCACCGCUGCCGUCUGGCGGUGUGGCGCCCACCACUCGUUCGUGCAGUACCUUUCCCCCCCACCGAGGGCAGCGAGCGACUCUGAACAUGAGGAGCGAGGGAAUGGAGACGAAGAUGAAGAUGAUGAUGAAGAAGAGAGUGCAGCGAAAACAGAUGCGUCCGUGGCUAAAGCUGAAGUCUGCAGGAGGAGAAGGAAGGACACUCAGAAACAGUACAAAGAUGUGGGAAGACAUGUGGAAGUUUCUGAGGAACAACAGACAACCAUGAGCCCGAUCCAGCAGGCUGCAACUCCAGCCCAGCUGCCCAGGGAAGAGGCCUCCUCGCAGGAUGUCCCACUGACGGGACAGCCCGUCUGGGAGAUGGAGAUGGAGAUGGAGCGACAGGAAGGCCCCCCAGCAGCAGAGUUUCACUCCUCCUCCUCCUCCUCAGAGGAGGAGGAGGAGGAGGAGGAGGAUCUGAGGCUAGGCAGAGACCCAGAAGACGAGAUCAGGACCGUACCGCACGGACAUUACUGA